AUCGAGAUCCCGUGUCAAGACUCAAGUGUAUGUCAAGUGUUGAAAUGGUCGUAGGAAGAUAUUUGUGAUUUUCUAUUUAAAUAUAACAUUUUAAAAAUCUAGCAAUGAUAUGGAGGGUUCUGCUAGGAAAGAGGGCCACAGUUGCGCUGGGUGCUUGAACGAACUUGGUGACGAUGAAUACCUAUCGGCGCUUGGGCAAGACUGGCAUAAAGACUGCUUUAGGUGUUCUGUCUGCGAUGCGCAGCUCACUACGUGGUACUUCGAGAAGGGAGGGCUGCUUUUCUGUCAAGCCGACUACUGGUCGCGCUUUGGAGAGAUUUGCCAACAAUGUUCCCAGAUAAUAACGGGACCGGUGAUGGCGGCAGGCGAUCACCGGUUCCACCCGGAGUGCUUCGCAUGUGACGCCUGUUCCGCGCACAUCGACGACACAGAGCCAUAUGCGCUCCUUGAUCGGUCCAGACUUUACUGUGGGGCGUGUUAUGUAUCCGGAGGCGCGGGUGAAAGGGGGUCGCACGCCAUUCGAGUCGUAAGAUUACCGGCUCAUGCCAUACGACUUGCAUCUUCGCGCUGCGGGGCAUUGACUAUUGCACACGAGCGUUGUGCGGGAAAAAUAAGCGCGUUGGUACGUGCCUUACUUCGGGCUGCGUUGCAGGCCUGCGUCAACCUUACGUGUCAUAGCAGAAUAGAUUCAAGCUGCGGUAUGCUGACGCUACACAUCGGCGAUAAAGUGCUAGAAGUUAAUGGAUCGCCGGUACGCAACCGUCCUAUAUCGGAGAUCGAACGGACUUUAGCUAGGCCAGAUGUUAUACAGCUCACAAUAGAGCACAAUCCAGACACAAUAAAUGCUAAACGCGGUAUUUGUCAAGAAGACAAAACUAAGCACGAAAAAUCGCCUGUUGAAAGGAAGAUAAAAGAAGAAAACAUUCCCAAAAAACAUUCCGAUGAAAGGAAGGAAAGACUGUUCAAGAGGAGAGGCGACGAGGGCAAAGUUAGAGUGAUAAAGAGGAGACAGGCUGCCUCGCCACCACUUGGUGAUAAGGAAAGAAGUAGCAGUAUGUCUAAGUUGCUUGAUGUGGUCGACGGAGAACAACCGAGUGGCGUAUUGUGUGACCUGAGUCGAGCGCGAUCUUUUCGGGCGGAGCCACCGCACGGGCAAAAGGUUUUUAGGGCUUCGGAUUUAUUACAGGGAGAACUACUAGGCACAGGUUUUUUCGGGCAAGUGUAUAAAGUAACUCAUCGGGCUACGAAUGAAGUAAUGGUACUGAAACAACUUUACCGCGUGGAUGAAGAGGCUCAAAGGAACUUUUUGAAGGAAGUGGCAGUACUUCGAUCGUUGAGGCAUAGAAAUGUACUGCGCUUUAUAGGAGUCCUGUAUAGGGAUAGAAGGUUACACUUGGUUACGGAGUAUGUUGAUGGAGGGACCUUGCACGAUUUAUUGCAGAAUACAAGUCGCCCGUUAAGUUGGAGCGUACGCGCCCGUUUGGCUCGGGACGUAUCUGCGGGCGUGGGGUAUCUGCAUCGUAUGAAUGUCAUACACAGAGAUCUCAACUCACACAAUUGCCUCGUUAGGACGGACCAGGAUAUGACAGUGAUAGUAGCGGACUUUGGGUUAGCUCGUAUCGUCCAACGUACGGCUAGUAGUGCGCCGCCGCAUUCUUCGCUUCGACGUAAACGAUAUACGGUGGUAGGUAACCCUUACUGGAUGGCUCCAGAGAUGAUGAACGGUAACGUGUAUGAUGAGAAGGUGGAUGUCUUUUCUUUCGGGAUCAUACUUUGUGAGAUAAUUGGUCGCGUAUCUGCCGAUCCAGACUUUUUGCCGCGACGAACCGAUUUUGGCCUGAACGAAUCACUAUUCUAUGAGAAGUUUUGCAGAAACUGCCCGGAACCGUUAUACCGUUUGGCUUUUCUUGCUUGCCAUUUGGAUCCAGAUACGAGACCGCCUUUUGAAGUGAUGGAAAUAUGGCUGGAGUCGCUCGUGAUGCACUUAUCGAACCCUGGGCCGUUGCCCCCCACUCUACUGGCCGAUAUUCUCCAAUACACCCACCGUGCUACAACCCGGGACCACGGCACGCCCGAAUGUCCGAACCACUCGGAUAAUGGGAUAUUUUGCGCUAAUAAGACCAGAUGCAGCUGCGAGAACUUGGAAGAGGCUGUGAAAGAGGGAGUGGUUAAGUCCCAAUCGAACGCAGCCAUAGAGUGCGUUCGUGGCGGACGUGCUUUAGGCAAGUGUGUGUCUGCGAGUCAUAUCGCACCUCGUGUCGUUACGUUAACGGCUUCGUCUCGUCUCGGCCUGUCUCGAUCGCAUCACGCACUCGCACCAGGGUACAUACUGCGCGCCGAAGGACACAGUAUUAACAUUACUAAGGUGGAUGAUAUAUCCGAAUGGCUCGAUCCUCCCCCACUCAAACGAACCAGCCCAGAUUCACAUCUCAACAACUUACUCAACGAUAACAAAACCAGGAAAAUUGAGGAAAACCUUCCGGCAUUCUUGCGAAAUCAGUCUGUUGAAGAACUCGAAACUGAAGACAAACACAACACUCCACCACCAUUUUACAGACAUUACAGCAUCCCGGACAAUUGUGAGCUACAAAAUGACUCUGACAACUCCACAGAUGACGAACUCGACAUACAGAUCGACUGUAAUCCCAAAAUUAUCACAGAUAUCGUCAAAAGUAACAUACUCUCCAAAAAAGCUAGUUACGACUUCACCUGCGCCGAGCCAGAAGAGAAGGAACCAAAAAUAGAUGUUAAAUGUGAGAAAAAUUCACUCGCGAAGAAGCUACUGAUGUCUCCAAAAUUAAGCAGACUGUUCAAACCCAAUUCAGAGACAAGAGACGAUGAUAAGUCGAAAAGCAAGUUCUUCGUCCAAAAACCAGCUUCACCGAGAUACAGAGUGAGGCCUAGCGGAGAUGACGCCAACAUGAACAGGGACGUGCUUAAGAGCGACUUGAAACUGGCGAGUCUAGGCAAACCUAUGACGCCGAUAUUCCGGAGAAACAUCGGGGAGAAGCAGGAUUUCGAAGGGAGAUACAGUUACCGAGACAAGAAGCAAGAGAAGCUCGAUAGACGGAAAUUGGAGCCUGUCAGGAAUUUAACGCCCCUAUUCGAGAAGAAAGACGAAAAGCCCAAAAGGAAGGAAGGAAUUUCGCGCAGCAAUUAUGUGAGGCUGGCGAACUUGAAGAUCAGUAAAGAGUUGGAACCGCAGAGUGAUGUACGUAAGUCCCCGCCCGAGAGAGUUAUUUAAUAUAUGGAAAAUGCUGAUUCACGUAAGAACACUCAUUAAUCAGCCAUUUACCACAGGUUAAAAAACACUAUUACUUCACAAAUUAUUACAGAUUAUAUUGAAAAAUAAGUUUCGGGGUGUUCUUGCGUGAAAUUUGAUAUAUUCCGAUGGUCGACUCGCUUCAAAGUAUUAAUUGUUCAUCAUGGUUAGAAUUUAUUCCCUACAGUUAUUUGCUUCGUGUUAUUUACAAGUUAUAUAAAAUGUUAAUGUUAUAUUGACCAUCGGAAUAUAUAAGCUGACUUCUUAUAUAUUGCCAAAGUAUAAAUUGUCCAAUUUAAAACUAUAUUUCAACUGUUUGUUCUUCCUAAUAUGUAAAGAAAGAAAAAAAUUAUUUGAAUUAUCUUAUUUUGAAUGUAUGAGGUCGGUUUAUGAACAUAAUCUUGCCAAGUUAAAAGUUUACAGUUGUUAAUUUGUUAUGUACUUAUUAUAAUGUAAGCUUGGAACGGAAAUUGCUAAGUACACACGUUUUUGUAAUUUUUGCACUGUAACAGGAAUAAUAGUCUCGCAAAGAUUAAUCACAUAUUUAGGAUGAUAGUACCACGAACUUCAGGAGAAGAUAAUGCGCCACACCCAUCCAAUCUCAUGGCUGGUUAAGCGGUGAUCACUACAGCCACUAAUAUAGUUAAGUUAGAUUUUUCACAAUUGUUAGAGUAUGUGUAUAUCAGCGCCAUCUGUUUUCUGCGGAUGAAAAUUGCCGUAGUAUUUAUAUUUUUUUAAACCGGCUUGAGAGCACAAGUGUUGUAUUUUCGACGGUUUGUUAUCGAUGACCAAUUACCAACGCAAUUGUUUUUAUAGCCAUAAUUUUUAAUAACAUUUAAACGUUAUCAAUUUUGAUACAGUUAUUAAAAGUUGAUGUUUUAUACAAAUAUACGAUGUUUAAUAGAUUUUUUAACAUUGUUUAAGUGCAUAGUUAAUAGCUUUAGGUUUGCUGGUGCCUUUGUCAAGACUGCGUAGUCUGAUAUUUGGUAGCAUAGAUCAUAGAGGAUAUGUCCAGCGACAAAACCCAAAUUCUCUGGUUUUUCAAUCUAAUACAGUAAAGUUCUAUUAGCAAUUGUAUUUUGAACAAUUUAAAACCAGUCUCGGUUAUAAGACAGUGCUUAUUGCAUUCCGCCUUAUAUAUUAUUUUGGCAAAGUUUUAUAUAAAGUAUUAGGUAAAUAUUGUGCUUUACUACGCUCUCUAGUGCCAAUAAGAUAAGAAACUUUAUAUAGAAGUAAUUAUAUCGUGUCAUGCUUCGGCCGUUUUGUUUUUAUGAAAUAUUAACAGAUCGAAUAAAUUAUUAACCAUAAGUAUAUUUAAGGCUGAUUAUUUUUCAGGGUGCCAUUUUUUUUUAGAAUUAUAUAGGUAUAUGUGUUUCAAUAAAAACUGUCUGCAUGGCGUCAAAUUCAGUUGCUACUAAACCAGACAAUUCUUUUUAUACAAUUAUUUGUAGUAUAUAUUUUUAAGUAUGCCAUGUAGAUAUAGCUUUUGGUUUAUUUGUAUUACAAUGCUCAUAGUUGGAUAUUGUCUGUGAUACAUUUUUUAUUAGAAAAUGUUGCAAUAACAAGUAUUAAUUAUAGAUUGUAAUGGAUGUAUAACAAUAUCUACAAAAUUAACACAUUAACCGCUAACAUCGAGGUUUCCGUCUCCUUGCAUUCCGAAUCUUUAUACUGUUUGUAAGUACAAAAUAAAGAAUAUAUUCCAU